CCUGCGGAGAGCUCACGCUGUGAUAGCGCAAUCCCUUCAACAAUUUGGCAGUAGCAGCCAAUAGCGGCGCUUGCUGUCUGGCGUUUCGAGCCCCGAAGGUCUUGAUACACUCGCGAGGAUGGCCUUUUCCUUCGCACCAGCUGGCAGCAGCACGGCGGGUCCAAGCGGUUCCUUGUUCGGCAACACCGCUCAAAACAACCAAGCUCCUAAGCCGGCAUUCUCGUUCGGCACGCCAGCGCCAGCGCAGGCUCAGUCCAGCCAGCCCUCUCAGCCUGCUGGCAGCACCUUUUCGUUUGGACAGUCUUCACAGGCACAACAGCAGCCCCCGGCGUCAGCACCGACGCCAGCUGCAGGUCAGGGUCAAGGUCAAGGGUCAAGCUUUGGUGGGUUUGGAUUUGCACAAAAUCAAUCUGGACAAGCUCAGAGUCAGGCACCGGGACAGAGUACGACAUCGGCUCCAGCGCCAAGCACUUCGCUUUUUGGCGGCGGUGGUGGCGCGUUCGGCAGCUCUACUAGUAAACAGCAGCCUGCCCAAAGUGGGUUUGGAGCGGGUAGCACAAGCACAGGAGGAGCGGGGUUGUUCUCUUCUUUCAAUCAGAACCAGACACAGACUCAACAGCCGCAGCUGACCCAACAAGCGCAAGCGAAGCCGUCGUCGCUCUUUGGACAAAGCCAAGGUGGAACACAGACGCUCGGUGCUACAAGCACGGGUCUCUUCGGACAGUCUCAAGGCUCGCUUGGUCAGCAAUCUCAGCCGCAACAACAACAGCAACAGGUGGACAAGCGACUAGGACCCUCAUUGUCCGCUAGGUUGGCUGCCAUUCACCAAGCAUGGGACAACAACAAUCUACAGACGUGUCGCUUCAUGCACUACUUCUAUGUGCCAGUACCCAACGAUCAGCUGCACUUCUUGAACCCUCAACCGGACGCAGGAGGUGGCAGUGUUAACAGCAACUUUGGCAGGAGGAGCGAUGCGGUUGGCCCCAGGCACGAAGAGCUGUGGAGGGACGCUGUCAAUCAAAAUCCCAAUCCUCGUCGACUUGUGCCCGUCUUGGCUGUAGGUUUCAGCGAGCUCAAGAGUCGUGCAGAUGCUCAGCAGAGCGAGGCAGCUCGUCAACGACAGCUUGUAUCGCAGCUGCGAGAGAAAGCAGCUGUGCUAGCUCAAUCGCACACACUGAAGAAUACGACUCGGACUUCGGCCGCGUUGCGGAGACAAGUGGCGCUUCACCAUCGCUUGAUUUCCAGUGCUAGGAAGGCAGCUGCGCUUCUUCCACCCUCCGCUUCUCAACCUGGCCGAUCGCGGAGCGGCUCUCAUACUGGCGCUGCAUAUGCGCAAGCGAGCGUGGAGGACGAGCAGCUGAGAUCCAGAUUGGAACAGUGCGAAGCGGAGAUCAGAAAUGGCAAGCUGAAAAGCAGGGUCAAUGAGCUGUGGGCCGCACUUGGAGCGGUCAAGGCUCGUGCAGGAGCCAGACCAGGCUCUGCCAGUGGAUGGAGCGGGACCGCAGAAUGGGCGGUAGUGGAUCCGGAGGCGCUGGACGAGGUGGCCAGGAUUUUGGGCUCGCAGCAAAAGGGACUGAAUCAUCUGGUGGCGACAGUGGAGAAUGAUACGAAGGUGAUGAACACCAUCCUCAAGGGCUUGAGUGGAGUCCAAUUGACUGGUGUCAGAGGACCUCAGUACGCGUUGGAGGAUGAGGAGUAGACGCGUUGGUCUUGCAAACGGUCACAUGCAACGUCAGCGUGGUGUCGCUUCUCGGAGUCUUUCCGCGCUACCCCCGCCGCACCACGCCGCCGCCAGUUGCGCACACUCAGGACAAUCAUAA